AUGAUAUUAUUUAUCAAUUUCAUUUCAACUUUUAUUUUAGUUUACUACAAAAAUGUUUUCAUUGCUUUAAUUAUUUUAAUAUAUCCCAUCGCAUCAGUUUGUUUUUUUAAAUCUAAUAUAUUUCCAUUUGUCACAAAUCACUUUACACCUAACAUAAUAAAUCGCAACACAAAUAAUAAAACAGCUUUUAAUAACACAAAUAACUAUUUAACAGCAACUGGUGGCGGAAAAAAUGAAAUUAGCGAGUUUAAGAUUUACUCUCGGGAUAACCGAAACCCUUACUAUCCCGAGGAAAGGUUUUAUAAAAUGAUUACGGACAAGUAUUCAGAAGUAGAUCAACUAAUAGAACAACAUAAAGACCAAAAUGAUAAACUUCAGUUGAGGUUAAAUUAUUUGCAAUGUACUUCGAACUUGAAGCUUUCCGAUAUGCUUAGUAGAAACAGUAACAAUACACACCACAAGCUAUGCGUAAUAGCUGACAUGAAGAGAAGAACACCGACACAUAACCCAAGGUGUGAUAAUAACGUACUUUCCUAUACGGACGCGGGUGAAGUGGCCCUGAAUAUGGCCUCAGUAGGUUUUGACGUAAUAUUUGUGAACGUUGACCAGAAAAACUACGGUGGCCACAUCAACGACUUGAAUAAAGUUUUUUUAAACUUGAGAAAGCUAGGCAGAACACAAAGACCAGCAAUAGUCAUGAAAGAUAUAAUUUUACAUCCAAUACAAAUAGCACAAGCUGUGGAAAUGAGAGCUGACGGAGUCAUUUUGAAUGCAGCAAUACUGGGCAAUGCCUUGAAAGACCUAUUAACCUCGUGCAUUACCAUGGGAAUUGAGGCAAUAGUUGAAGUUCAUACCACUGCUGAUGCACUUAGAUCUGCAGAAAUAGGCUUCACUAACUUCAUGAUAAACCAGUGGGAUAGAAUAAAAAAUAUUCUAUACCCAACAAGAGCAUUGGAAAUCAAGGAAGUGUUACCUGAAUACGCCACAACAAUUGCAGCUGGUGGCAUAAUGACAAUGGAGCAGGUUCAUAUGUUAGCACUGGCAGGUAUAGAUGCCGUUUGUUUCGGAAGAAGACUUGUAUACCCAGACGUACCAGACUUCAUCAACCAAGUCAAAAGCUGGAAAGGACCCUCAAAACCCAUUCUGAAACUAAGUAAGAACAAGUUUUUUUCAACAACACCAAUGGAAACAACAAAUGGAGAUAACGUGCCCGACAAUAGUAAAAUUAACAUAAAACUGAGUGACAAUCACCUUUCAUUAUUGAAUGAAAUGAACUACUUUUACUUUGGAAAGGGUAACGAAGUUAAAAUUUCAGACGAAAUUGAACAAAUUAACAAAAUACCAGAGUACAAAAUCGAUUAUGAGAAGGAGUUGACAGAUGAUCAGAAGUCGAGAGAAAUUACUAUUAACAUAGGAACACCAACAACUGAAAAUUCGGCCAAAAAAGUGACUGAUAUAACCAGGACUAUUGAGGGUCAAGACGAAGAUUUUGAUUAUAACAUUCAUAAGCAUAAUAAAAGAAUGGAAAUGUUCAUGUUAAAGUGGUUUGUUGAGAAGAAGAAAUGGAUAAAAGAAAACAUUAGCAGUUAUGAAAGCGAAGAAGAAGCUUCAAGGGCAUAUGAGCUCAAGAAGGCGAUUGAAAUGUACAACCACUUUAGAUAUGUAACAAAACCAGCAAUGGGAGGAAUUUUAACACAAAAAGAAAUGGUUGAAACUGAAGAAAAGUUAUUGAAAAAUCUCAAGGAUAAGUAUGAAUCAGCUCCAAAAGAAAAUGGGAAAGUGAAACUAAACUUUGAUAAUAUCACAACAACCACUUAA